GAGAAGGGGAAGUUCCCGGAGAUCCGCCAACACUGGGACGUCUGCAUGAGGUGUACCGGCCAGCUUGUGGUCAGGAAGGGUGGCAACUAUCGGCUCUACCUUUCCUCUGAUGAUGGCUCGAUGCUGUACUUAAACGGGGAGAAGAUCGUCGACAACAAUGGCUGCCACGGCGCCAAGGAGGUUCGCAGCGACAGAAAGCGCCUCUCCUCCGGGACCCACCAGCUGGUCGUAGACAUGUGCGAGGUGAAGGGCGGCGAGGAAUUUAAGAUGAAGUACGUAGGGCCGGACACGAACGGCAAGAAGUUCACCGUGCCUUCUAAAGCUCUGAAGCACGAGAUCAAGCCCCUGGCGGACGGCCUGGCGUGCGAAUACUUCUACAACAAAGCCAAGUGCGAUGUUCCAGAUCUGGGAAGCAUGAGCCCUUCCCAGACCCUGGUGGUGCCAGAGAUCUUCUUCGGCUCGAAGUUCCCUCAAGUCAAGCAAUCCUGGAACUUCUGCAUGAGGUGCACUGGUCACCUGAUCACCCGAACCCCUGGCGACUACAAGUUCUUCCUUAGCUCAGACGACGGUUCGCUUCUCCACUUAAACAGGGAGAAGAUUAUCGACAACGACGGUUGCCAUGGUGAGAGGGAGAG